AGGGUGUUGACGAAAACAUAAAUAUUGAUGAGCAAGAACUGGAAAUCGCAGCUUAACUAACUAUGUGGGCUGCAGCAAUGGGACUCUCUUACGGAUACUGGACUUCGAAUGACAUGUAACAUUACAUCCGGUUGCUCGAAAUCCUGGGAUUACUGGUAAUCUGUAACUAUCGUGGCCCCUUCUCAGACGCGCUCCUCCGCAUCGCAGCACGCGACCAAGCUCACCCCACCAGUCACUAGUAUCGCCGCGAUGGAGAUAGACACCGGCGACGACGUCCUGAGGAAGGCCGCCCUGGACGGGUCCAUGGACUACUCGGCCUGGCCAGACCUGCUACCCACCGUUCUGGCACGCAUCGAGAAGAUCGCACACACCGAGUUUCCCAUUCCCGCUGUCCCGCCUCCUCCUUGUCAACCCGCCCGACCUCCCUCCCCGCGCUUCCUCGCCCCGCUCCCUUCGUCAGACCCCUUCGAGGCGCCCGACCAGGCCGACAGCCCAUCAUCGCAAGGGACAAACAAGGAGAAUGUCAAUCCCUCUUCACCCUCAACUUCCAGAAAUGCCGCCGCUACCACGAGCGCCGACCCGGCAGCCCCGGCCACACCCACCCUCCCUAAGCCUAUCGCCGACAUGCUCGACGAGAUCCUAUCAGUCCUGCGCACCAACUUUCCCCAGUACCCGCCCCACACCAUACAGCGACUCUCUGAGCUAGUCCUCAGCCCGCGGCAGCACUACCGCAACCUGGUGCCUUACCUCCACGCCCUCGAUCGUGUCGUCCACGUAACCAGCGGCGCCAAUACCUACCCGCUCCCGCCAGCCGUCCCGGAUGUCGGCGCCAUGUCUCUGUUCGCAAACGGCGUGAGCGCCAGCGGCCCAGGCCGACUGUCCAUCGACACGGCGGCCGCGAACAGUGUCGCGUCAGACGAGGCGCUCGGCGGUGCUCUGCUGACGCCAAUCCCAUGGCUAAGCGGACGAGCCAACGGGGCUGGCAGCGACGACGGCAGCGACGCCGGUAGCUCGUCCCCUUUAUCAGCCGACCGGAACACCACCCAUACCGCCCAGCAGGUCCAGCUCCGGCAGCAACAGCAGCAACAGCAGCAACAGCAGAGGCAAGGCGCCGGCCAUCUCGAUGGCCGCGUGCGGACAGAGAGCACCGAGUCGAUUGAAGGCCCCAACGGCAUUGGCAGCAUCGAGACCGUCUCGGUAUCUGUCAACGGCGUGCCGUCCACCGGCGCCGGAUUCCCGCUGCUCACGCAGCGCAGCGUCACCCAGGGGGAGCUGCUGCGGCAGGAGCAACGCGCCGGUAUAGUGCCCCUGAACCAGCUCACCCGGCAGCGGCAACAAGCGCAGGGCGCCGCCGCUGACUACGCAGCAGAUGAGGAAGAUGCCAGCAUGGCCGAGGACGCCGGCGAGACAGACGACGAGUUCCCGCACGCCCGGGGACCUGAGGAAAUCGGCCCCGCCGACACGGGCCCGCAGAGCGCGGCAGCUGCCAACAUCAUUGCUGGCGGCGGCGGCAGCCCGAUGGAUGUACAGGCCAUUGACGUCGAGGCGGCCGUGGGGCGGAGGCUGGAAUUCACUCCGUUUCAGCAGCAGCAACCACAACAACAACAGCAACAGGACGGAGUCAUCCACAGCCCCGGCGGCGGAGAGACCUCCAUCCCGCGAAGCCCCAAGCGCGAGGCAGCAGACAACCUCGAACCAGAGUCGCCCGCGAAGCGCAGAAAGGACGACGACGAGGCCGGCAUGCAACAGGACCAAGACCAAAAGCAAUCCAACACGAACCAGGAGGCGGAUGAGGAGGAGGGGAGGAACGAAUCCGCAGGCGGCAUCACUCCAUCAGCUUACGCCGGCUCCGAACCGUCGUCGAAACCCGACGCCGAAGGCGAUCUCGACCUGCCUGACGCUACGACUACGACCACCGCCGCCAAAGCAACUCAAUCCACAGACCCUGCCAUCAACGAGGUGAAUCUCGAACCCGAGGACACCUCCUCCGCCAUCGCCGACGGUGACGAUAAAGUCGACAAGGAGGAGAUCAAGGGCGAGGAUGGCGAGGUGAGGGCGGAACCUCUGCAUGACGCGUCAUCAGAACUGCCCACUGUCCCUCCCGGUGCGAGCGACGCUGGUGCCGAGAACCAGGGCAGUUAGUGGGUGGCUGUUUUUGAAACGGGUGAAUUUGGCGCUGAUGGUCUUUUGUCUUCUAUUUUCUCUACGACAGCUAGCUUUCAUGCUAAGGGCAUAGUGGCUCCUGAAGCCUGGGAAGCACCUCAAGAAUCGCCGCUCAGCGUGGUUGGGUUGAGGGGGGGGAGCAAUGUCUCUAUUUGAUCAUUGUAUCUUGCUUUUCAGCGAUUCCUUCUUUGGUCAAGGGUUAAUGGUAGGCGGGAGUCGACUGGGUUCCGGUUGGUUCAGUCGUCGAGGCGUGGGAACCGCCUCACACUUGUCUUCGGUCUAAGGUAUCGAUCUGAGCUCGUUGGCGAAUAGUAUAGCAUACCGAGCAACGGUAUGGAAUACUCCGGGAGAAGACUUCAUAGUCAUGGUAUGUAUUUCUUCGCCUUCGCCCAAAAACAAACAAGAUGUCCCCGCCGAACACCUUCUCAGCAACCCAGAGCUUGUCUACAACCAUCUAG